AUGGGCCGAGACGCGUAUGCUCGUGCUAUCCUCGGCAAGGACCUGUUUGCCCAGCUGGGAAACACGCGCGUCUUGCUCGUCGGCGCGGGUGGUAUAGGCUGCGAGCUCCUGAAAACCCUCCUACUUACCGGAUUUGGACACAUCACAAUCCUCGAUCUGGACACGAUCGACCUCUCCAACCUCAAUCGCCAGUUUCUCUUCCGUAAAAAGGACGUCAAGCAGCCCAAAGCGCUCGUCGCUGCUGACACCGCCGGUUCCUUUAACCCGGCAUGCACGAUCGAACCUAUCCACGCGGAUAUCUUCGAGCCGCGGUUCGAUCUCGCCUGGUUCAGCGGGUUUGAUAUCGUCCUGAACGCGUUGGAUAACAUGGCUGCGAGGCUACACGUGAAUAGGAUGUGCAUCGCUGCAAAUGUGCCUCUGGUGGAGAGCGGUACAGCGGGGUAUAUGGGGCAGGUGCAACCGAUUGUCAAAGAUCGAACUGAAUGCUUCGCAUGCCUGCCGAAGGACACGCCAAAGACAUUCCCGGUAUGUACGAUACGAAGUACUCCGAGUACGCCGGUCCACUGUAUCGUAUGGGCGAAAACCUACUUGUUCAGUAAACUGUUUGGUGAAUCAGAAGACGAUGAUGCGGAAUUUGCGGAGGCAUUAAAAAACGGGGAGAAUCCGACCGAGAUCGCCGAACUGCGCGUGGAAGCCGCUGCAUUCUCCGCGAUACGCUCCUCUCUCUCUUCCCCCAACGCGCCAUCCCUCGUCUUCGACAAGAUCUAUAAUGCUGAUAUCAACCGUUUACUGGGGAUGGAAGACAUGUGGAAAUCGCGGACUCCACCCGUUCCGUUAGACUAUACCGCCAUCCGUGCACGAUCUUUCGUUCUGCCUGAGCGGAAGAAGCCGGGCACGGUGAAGACUACUAAUGCCAGUACAAAUAGCAAGGCUCUGGUGAAUAAGACGGUGAAUGGGCUGAAAAAUGGAAAGAGGGAGGCGAAUGGAAGUCCAGAUAGCGCGAGCGGACUCAAGGAUCGAAAGGAGUUGAGCUUGGAGGAUAAUGUCGAGCUGUUUGCGUCAAGUGUGCAACGACUAGCAGCACGCCAGGCGUCGACUAGCCAGCCGCUCAGCUUCGACAAAGAUGAUGACGAUGCGCUCGACUUUGUGACUGCCACUGCUAAUCUGCGUGCGAUCUGUUACGGUAUCCCAACCAAGACCCGUUGGGAGGUCAAGGAAAUGGCAGGCAACAUCAUACCAGCGAUCGCCACAACGAACGCAAUGAUCUCCGGUAUGAUCGUCUUGCAGGCGCUGCACCUGCUCAAAAAGGCAUAUCAUCUAAUCCGAAGCGUCUAUGUGCGCAAGAAGCCGCACUCUCCCCUUGGUACUAGCACGAUGGUCCCUCCCAACCCGUAUUGCGCGAUCUGUAAGGAUGUAUACGUGCCUUUCCCUUGCAAUCCAGAGAUUGCGAUUCUGGGCGAUGUGCUGCGAGCUGUUGGAGUUGCGAAAGCGGAGGAUGAAGAUGACGAUGACGAUGAAGACAUGAACAGAACUGAGAACGAGAAGGAAUUACGGGAAGCAUAUGUGUACGAGGGGAACAGGCUGCUGUUCGAGCCCGAGAUGGGAGAGAACGCGAAGAAGACGUUGGCAUAUAUGGGCGUGACGUGGGGAAAGAGCUUGAUAGUCACCGAUUAUGAAGGGAAGGUUGUCAACCUAGUUCUCGUCCUGUUACCCUUGCCACCUGAUCAAGGCGACAUUAAGCCGUUUGUUGUGCCUGCUCAACUUCCUCCUCUUCCGUCUCGUGUCCUGCCUCCUGUACCCUCAGAACCUCUAACCCCAGCAAAAUCCCUCAAGCGUUCCGCCCCAGAAGACGAAGGUGAAGUGGACGACACACGAGCUAUUAAACGUAUUCGCACAGAAGGAGGCGCUGUCAAGGCGCCCACUGGAAAGGAGACGAACUUCCGGGAGGAAAACGGUGUGCUGAUCUUAGAUGACGACGAGGAUGACAAUGUCAUACAGCUGGACUAGAGUGUGGGUGCGUCGGUGGUGUAAUGCUGUAGAUCCCCAUCGCUUGGAUGUAGCUGAAAUCUGCGUAGCCAUGCUGUCUCUUGGUUCUUAGGAAACCCAACAACCCAUAAUACUAAUACCACUCUGUAUGACCAUGUAUCCUCGCAUCCCCUCUAAGCGCCUGUGCUCGCAUUUGCCUUCAUUCCUCGGUCCC